GCUCAGCCAUACUUUUUAAGGCCGGAAUACAGAUCAUUUUAGGUAUUAGCGUUCGUAAAUUAAUCUUGCAUAAGAUAUUAUUAUAAAGAGUAAUGAUACUCAGAAAUUUGUGCAUCUUUCUUGGAGUUUCAUGUCGAUGCAUAAAAUUUUCGGUUCUUCAUGCUAAAAAAUUUCAUGUCAAUGCAUAAAAUUGGCACCCACAAUAUUGGUGGCAGUCGGCGAAGCAGCAAGGGAAGGGGAUCAGCAAAUUGCUAAAGCUGUUACAACCAAGCUCCCACAACUCUACAGAGCAGCAAUGGAAGGAAAUUGGGAAGUUGCUUGUAGUGAAUUUCGUUCCAAUCAAAAUGCAAAGACAGCAAAAAUCUCCAACCUUGGCAUGACAGCCCUUCAUGUGGCAGCUAGCUGUGGCCAGUCGGAGUUUGUGCAGAAGCUUGUGGAGAAGUUAGCUAAGAAGCACCUGGCAAAGUUGCAGCUUGAAGCCAGAGACCAACUUGGCCGAACUGCUCUUCAUCACGUGGCCUUAGCUGCAGAUGUGGACGCUGCCAAAGCAAUGGUGAACGAGAACCCAAUUUUGCCUUAUUUUGGGGAUGUGAACAAACAUACUCCCCUCUUCUAUGCUGCUAAAUGGCGGAAACCGUCAGAAAGCAAGAGAAUGGUGGAAUAUCUCUACCGAGUUAGUCGGGACGAAGAUUUGCUUCGUGACCAUGUGAGAAGUGAUCUUUGCAAUGCCUUCACGGAUGCUUCAGCUCCCGAUCUCAUUGUGGCAAUCACUGCUUCGGGGUCAUAUGAUGCUGCUUUGCGUAUCCUUGAGAGAUAUCCGGAGUUAGCUCUUAAAAAAAAUGACAAAGGAACGUCCAUACUUCAUGUACUUGCAAUGAAGCCUAAAGCAUUCCGGAGAGGAAAUGAACUUUCUCCAUUGAGAUCCUGGAUCUAUGAUUUGGUACCAGUUGACGACGAGGAAACAGAACACGAAGAUUCAACAAGUGAUGUUGCUAACAGCAAGAAUCGAUGCUCAGCAGCUUCGUUCUUUAAAUAUUUGGGCAAGUUCAUUAAAGGAAUAAGGCAGAUGUCUGAAAUGAAGCAAAGCCACCUGCGUGCAGUUAGACUUGUAAAGUUUGUAUGUGAUGAGUUACAAAAGAAAGAGAGAGAGGAAGAAAUGGACUCUGCUCAGGAUUUCUUCAUCCCUGAGAAUAGCACUGCAAUCCUGCACUUAGCGGUGGAGCAUGGAGUAUUUGAACUUGUAGAACAGUGUCUAAAAGUUUUUCCUGAUCUAAUUUGGUAUGCAGACAAACCCCGCAAAAGUGUGCCGUGGCGUCAUGCUCAUUAUACAAGCACAGUCAAAGGAAGUUUGGUGUGGAAUGAUGCCACUCAACAUGCAGACACAGCCACCGCAAGUUCGAAUCCGCCUGGUACUAAAUAUACAGACGCAACCUCUGGACAGUGGCAUGAGGGUCAAUAUGCCGACAUAGCCACCCGCACUGGACGUUUGUUGUUGCAUGUAGCUAUUGAGCAUCGUCGAGUGCAGAUAUUUAAUUACAUGAUCACUUACAUUGGAAAAAAUACUAAGGCGUAUGCCGAUUUAAAACUUGAAGGGAAUAACAAUUCUCUUCAUUUGGCAGCAAAAUUGGCUCCUACACCUCAACUCCAGGCUGUCCCGGGUCCUGCAUUUCAGAUGCAGCGAGAAUUCCAAUGGUUUAGGGCUGUGGAAGAAUUAGUUUAUGAUGAGUUAAAGACGGAAAAGAACUUAGACGACAAAACACCUCAAGAAUUAUUCUUUGAUGCCCAUCAAGAGUUGCUAAAGAAUGCGAAGGAAUGGAUGAAGGACACAUCAAACUCGUGUACGGUGGUAGGUGCUCUGGUAGCAACAGUUUCAUUUGCUGCUGUUAUCACCGUACCCGGUGGCAAUGAUAAUGCCACGGGCAUUGCAGUUCUUGCAAGGAAUAAAUUGUUCAUGGUAUUUUUAGUAUCAAACUCAAUAUCCUUGGCAAACUCUGCAGCUUCUCUACUUAUGUUCCUUUCGGUUCAAACAUCGCGAUAUUCAGAAGAAGAUUUUCUGGAGUCACUUCCCCAGACUUUUGUCAGAGGUCUAUUUAUCUUGUUUAUUGCUAUAGUCACAAUGAUGAUAUCUUUUGGCACAGCAAUUGGACUGUCGCUUCAAUCAAGCUUUAAGUGGGCUCACAUUGCCACCUUUAUCGUGGCCUGUUUCCCUGCCAUCAUCUUGGGCAUGUCGCACCUUCCUUUGCUUCUCCAACCGGCCGCUGGACGAGCCAUUUUUCGGGGACAAAGGGAUCGCGAGCCUUGGUGCAUCAAGAAAAUUGGCUGCAGUCUUUUGGCAUAUGACAGGGUUUGACCUCCUUCCACAAUAGUUGUUUGCGUGAGAAUAUCCUCUUUUUUCUUGUACUCUCAAAAUUUUAAUUUCACCUUGCGAGUUUCUUGUUUACGUGCUCA